UACAACAUGAAAUCUUAAAUGGGCACAGUAGAAGCAUCUUUUAUGGUAGUUCUUUCCUACAGUCUAGUGGCCUUUGUGUAUUCCAGAGCCCUGAACUACUGCCGUAUUUUCACUGAGCUGGCAGAAACGUUACUGGAGAUGGUUAUCCGCUCACCAGGCCAAGGACUGGGUGAUCUUAAAACACUCAACCUCAUCUUGAACUGUGUUGGACAUGAGCAGUAUGAGGUGGCAGAGAUCACGUUCAAUUUCUGGUACAGGCUGGCGGAAACACUGCACAAGUUGAAGGAUCCCUCAGUGAAUCAGAUUUUCAGACCGUACUUCCAGAGGCUCACUCAGUCUCUCACCUUCCACUCUCAGAUGGACCCUGAUCAUGAAGGCGUUCUGGAUGAGGCGGAUGAGUUUUUUGAGUUCAGGCUACGGGUUUCCGACCUGUUGAAAGAUGUUAUAGUCCUUAUUGGAGCUUCAGAGUUUUUCCUGCAGUUGUAUUCGACACUGAAGGAGGGCAGCCCGGCCUGGGAGGAGACAGAAGCAGUGCUCUUCAUCAUGACUGCAUUGGUCAAAAACUUAAACCCGGAAAAGGAGUUGCGGCUGGGAGAUGUUGUUCAGGCGGUGAUCAACCUCCCUGAUAAUACACACCUGGCAGUGCAGCAUUCUGGAGUGCAGCUCCUGGGGGAGCUGGGAGAAUACGUCAACAGCAAUGUGCAGUGCCUAGAGCCAGUGCUGAAUUUCCUGACACAACGUUUGAAGCAGAGGGAGCUAGCGAACGCUGCGGCCAACUCGACCCAGAGUAUCUGCGCCAUGUGCAGUGACCCGAUGACACGGCACUUUGAGGGGCUGCUGCAGGUGGCCUCAUCCUUGGAUGCACUCCCCAUUUCACACGACUCGUCCAUUGGACUUCUCCGAGGCAUUUCUUUGGUGUUGGCUCGGAUGCCUUCAGAGAAGAUUGAAGAAACCUUCCAGCGCCUCUGCUCCAUGCAGGUUACUGCUUUAAAGAAACACCUGGCGUCAGACAUGACCAAUGGCAUCUCAGCGGACCCCGCCGUGUGGUUGGAUAGGCUAGCAGCUAUUUUCAGGCACACGAACGCCACCGUGGUGGAGGGGAGGCCACACCCCUUUCAGAAAGUCAUCCAAGAGAUCUGGCCAGUGAUUUCGGAAACCCUGUACAGGCAUCAGGCUGAUAAUCGGAUGGCAGAGCGAUGCUGUCGUUGCCUGCGCUUUGCAAUCAGAUGUGUCGGUAAAGGAUCUGCCAUGUUGAUUCAGCCUCUGGUAUCUCAGAUGGUGAGCGUGUACCAGUCCCACCAACACUCCUGUUUCCUAUAUCUGGGUAGUAUAUUGGUGGAUGAAUAUGGCAGUGAAGAGAGCUGCACACAAGGUCUUCUUGAGAUGAUGCAGGCGUUUUGUGGACCAACAUUCCAUCUUCUAGAACAACCUAGAGGGUUCCAGAAUCAUCCUGACACUGUAGAUGAUCUUUUUCGAUUGGCAACAAGAUUCAUUCAGCGAAGCCCGGUGGUUUUAAUCCAAAGUCCAGUCAUGUCUUUGAUUAUUCGUUGUGCGUUGGCUGCAACAACACUGAACCAUCGUGAUGCUAACUCCAGUGUGAUGAAAUUCCUGCAGGAUCUGGUUCAUGUUGCGACAGUCAAUGAGCAUAAGGAAGACUUUGAGCUUCGAAAGACCCUGGUUCACGGAUUCCUGGGGGAGAGUGGGGCAUUGUUGGUUGCACAGCUUGUACAGGCCUGCUGCUUCUACCUUGUGCCGAGCAUGCUUGGAAACGUGGCCGAUGUUUUGUGGGAACUCCGCAUUUUUGAUCGGAAGACAUUCUGUCGGUGGCUGGAAGAUGCUCUCAAGAGUCUACCAAAGGAACUAUCAGCCGGGGCUAUCACAGCGACAGAAAAGCAAGUCACAGAGUUCCACAAACAGGUCAUGUGUGCUGAAGAUGCUGCAAUGAUAGGUUGGUCCUUAAUGGAAUUCUCUGGCUUCUACAGAUAACGUCAGGACAUAACCACAGACUUGCUACAUUUGUACGACAUUCCUUUCCAGCUCCUAGACAUCACGGCAGGUGCUCAGUAAAUGCCUGGAAAGACAACAAGCUACCAGGGAGCAGGGGUCUUUUCCCACCGGAAGGGCUGGUCUUGCUGCUGGCAUGGGGAGGGGGGGGAGGGUACACGUGAGGUUAGAGGGAGAUGUGAUCCAGCAACUGUGGCUUCAGCAGCAAGAGGGUGGGAGAAGCGGGGUCUUGUUUGUCGUACAUCAGAUUGAUUGAUCGGUUUUGUUCUAAUGCACCUUGUUUUAAUUUUGGCAUCAGGAAUGUGAUUAUCACUUCCAAAGCAGAGAUGGACUCCCUCUUGUUGGUCUGCCCUUAGGACAGGCAGUUAUUAUGGAAACUGUUUAAAGCGUUAAUUCCUGAUACCUCUUGAGUCAAUGUGGAACAAAGUGCAAAUGUGUCAUAACACUUGCUGACAAGCUGCAUAUGGAGUGUGGUGUCGAGCAAGGAGGAUGUAUUUUAAAUAUAAAUACCAUUUGUUUUAUACCUAAAAUGUGAAUACUAGCACUAGUUUAUCACCUUGAAUUUGUUCAAGUUGACCAUUUUGCACCAAUAUUAGUUUUGAUUGGUAGCCAGCAAAUCAAUGAUCAUGACUGCCCUUUAAUCAGAGAUGUAUCAUCUGAUUAAACUCCUGGCCCAGGGUGUGCACAUCACUCACCAAACCCUGCCUAGCAAAUAGAGCAAGGAUAGAUGUGACUGACUUUAGCUGCACUCCCUAGAGUCAGGAGGUCAUGUGUUGGAACACACUCUUGGACAUGAGACAGAUGGUCCUGUAUGGCAGAAGUACUGCACAGUUGAGGAUUCAUGAAUUAGAAAUUAAAAUGGAUCCCAAUAGGAGACACUGUUCCACUGAAAUGUAAGCAUUUCUCAUUUCAAUUGCUACUUGUAGAAUUUCAGUCUGCAAGGUAGCUAACUGCCGUUUCCCUGUAUGAGUGAUUAACUUGUUUUGAUUUUAAAGAUUGAGGCCUUUCUGCUGGUUGAACAACGGCAGCUUUGUUCCUCCUGUCCAGGUCCCGGUGAGAUUGCUCCCUGUCUCACCGCAACCUUCACACUGCAAAAGUAGAUAUAGUUGGUGAGAUUUCAGGGACACACACCAGUCUCAUAGCUUAUUUAUAGGAAACUUGGUGCCCUCUUUCACUCUAAUAAUAAUAAUUUCCUGUAUUACAAAAGAAAGUAAUGUUCUUAAUAGAAUUAUUACAAUCUGUCAGGUCUACAGGACAUGCAAAGGAAUUGAUUAUGACAUAGAGGCACCUAAUAAUUUUAUAUUUUUAAACAUAAAUCAAAGCCAGCUCUUAUUCUCAGGUGAUGGAUGUUGAGGGAAAGCUAGGAGUGUGGGUGCAUCAAUCAGAAUAUGAGCCUUUGAGAUCAUGAGGGAACAUGCACUGUUAGUGAGGUUACUCUUGAAUGAGCACGGGGAAGUUUUUUUAAAUGCAUUAGUAAUGCUUUUUGAAGACUGGAGUAUUUUGAAGUUGUCAGGUCUGUCCCUAUAAUCUGGAACUCCUAUAAUAUGCCAGUGGAGGAUCUGCAUAGCACUACUGUGGGCAAUCAGCAGAAUAAAGCAUAUGGUAAGCCCCAGACCUGCAUUUGUUUGUAGAUGUUCUUACGAAAACCAGGAAGUAUAGCUCUUCCUGUUUGUUGGAAGACCUAAAGAUACAUAGCUAUUAGCAUCGACAUUGAAGUGAGUAGUACCAUGCCAGCAAUACAGCAGCCAAAGCUGUGACAUGGCACUGGUCUCCCAUAUACUGCCCAUUGCAGCCACACCAAGUAAUGGUUGUAACUUGAGAGCUAGGCCCCUUGCUCUUAGGGGAAUGAGGUACCCUAUCCUGUGCUUGUUUUGGGUGAUGGAUGUGGAUGGGUAGUGCAGUGCACCAGAAGUUAUAGAAACUUUGGCUAAGUUUGGAUCUCCAUGUCUAGAUGCUAUAGUACCUACCGGUAAGUGUACACAGUGGAAGUUAUAGAGACCAGCCGGGUGUAUGAUGGCUCUCAUAAAUGGCACCUAAUCUGUGAAGCUGGUGUCAUGUUUUAAGAAUUGUUUUUAAUAACUGGCAUAAAUUUAAAACUAUUUUUUUCAGUUUUACAGCAAUUUAAAAAGUUAACAAAUCAAAGGAAUUGAUUUUGGUGUACUGUUCUUUAAUUUAAGUAUAUGUCAUGCUGUCAGAUUAUGUGAAUUGUUUUGUCAGACUUGUGCCAGUGUACAGAACUUUUUAUAUUAAACUUUGAAAAUAUGUCACUUGC